CUUCAGCUCGGCUCCUUUCGGAAACAUUCGGAGGGUUCCGAGACGUCCGGCAGCCUUCUUAGAAAAGAGCGAACUGGCGGGAAGGCACUGCCCCUUCAGCGGCACUCGGACAUUUCCGUCCAUACGCGACACUGCGGGCUUUUUUUUUUUGGUCGAUUGUUCUCGUCUCUACUCGGCUAUUUCCGGUUCCGCUCGGGCGACUCCGAAUCCACUCGGCCUCCGGAUCAGCAACAGCAGCAGAAGCCUCCGCGAGAUGGAAGAACCUCAGCAAGUGCAGGAGGUGGGUGCUUCCCCUGGUCCAGACCUCCCCAGAGAACCUAACCCCAAUCAGACGAUCCAAAACCUGCGGGUCCAGUUGGCAGCUGCACUAGCUGAGGUAGAAACUGUCCGGGCUGUGGCUGCUGUGAGUGAAAACACCAAGCAUGAGGCCGUGGAGGCUGUCCGACGCCAAUGCCAAGAAGAGGUGGCCUCUCUGCAAACUAUUCUAAAAGACACCAUCUCUAGUUAUGAGGCGCGUCUUUCGGCUCUAGAGCGCGACAGUCGGGAGAAUGUGUGGAGCCGCCUCCUGCCAAGGAGCAGCCCCUUGGACUCCUUGGAGAAACAGAUGGAAAAGGCACAGGAAGACUCCGAGCGGCUCCGGGCCAUUGUGCUGCCGAUGGAGCAGGAAAUCGAGGAACUGAAGGGGAAGCUGGCCAGGGCGGAGGGGCUGGUUCAGGAGCUUCAGAGUGAGCAGGGCGGCCUCUUUAGCUCCUCUGAAUCCCUCCUCACUGAGCCAGUACUCCCUGACGGACCAAGGAAUGACCGUGGCACUUCAGAGGAAGGAGGGGUGGCUGAGAAAUUUGCCUCUGGCCUUGACAGUGUCUCCAUCGCCUCAUCGUCCUUGCUGGUACCAAGCCCUGGGCCUCCAAUCCGGCGCAGACGCUCCCCCAGCCCUGAGACCAUAUCAAUUGCCUCCUCCAGUGGGACCCUGGUGCCAGAGACCAUCUACCUAUCACCUGCUGGGUUUCAGCUGGUGCCUGACUCAGAAUGGACGCAACUUCACAACAAGGUGCGGCAGCAACGGGAAGCUGUAGAAAAAGCAUCUCGGGAAAAGGCCAACUUGGAGGAGAUUCUGCAGCGCAGCAGUGAAGAUUGCAGCAAGCAGGUCCAGGUUCUUUUUGCUCAGAUCCAAAACUCAGAGGAGCUUCUCCGGGACCUCCAAAACUCGGUGAGCAAGAGCCAGCGGUUGACUCAGGAGCAGCUGGCUGACCUGGCUGCAUCUCACAAGCGCCUGGGCUAUGAAGUGCAACGCCUCCACUCUGAAAACGAUGGGUUGCGCCAAGCCUCUUCCCAACUUUUGGACGACAAGAUCCAGGGCCCGCCCAGCUCCAUCCGGGACCUGCAGAGCAUGGUGAGCCAGCAAAGACUGGAGGCCGAAUCGCAGCUCCGGAGCGCCGAGCACCAGGCCGAACGUCUGCGGAUAGAGAUUGUGUCCCUGCGGGAGAAGCUGGAGCAGGAGAGAGCAGCCCGGUCGGGGCUGCAGGGGGAGCUGCAGAGAGAGCUAGAGGAAAAAGAACUCUUGCAAGCCUCUUUUAACAGCAUCCAGAGUGAAAUGGAAAGACUGCAGCAAGGACAGGAAGAGGGGAAUGGAAGCCAGGUGCAGACAGAUGCUGCUUCUGAGAAAGAAGCCAGUGGCACCCAAGAUGGAAAUAAGCCUUAGGGGGGGGGGCGGGGAACCUCAGGGAAAUCAACUUCAUGGGAACCUCAGGGAAAUAAGGAUUGUUGUACUCCAAAGGGGUCAUCUCUGUCUUCCAGAGAUUUUUCAGGACAGCAUUAGGUAAGAGUAAGCUCUGGAAGAAGGUUGACUGGGGUAUCUCUUGUCCCUUCCACCUAUCGCUUACACACUGGAGUCUCCAGAACACAAUAAAGGAGGUUUUUGUAUUCA